GUCUCCACCGAGUGGAUGAUCCUGCCCGACAUCCUCGAGGGCAGGCCCAGGCAGACGGCGUCCGCCGCGAGGCUGCCGUGGGCGGGCGCCCACAGGCACCGCCGGAGGCGGGGAGGCGACGGCGUGGAGCUCGAGGACCAGCCAGUCGUGGAUCUCACCGCGAAGAAGAUUGCCCAGCUCUUUCCAAGGUCCCCGAGCGGCUCCCCGACCAGCCGCCGGCUUCAGGUCCCGUUCGUGCCGGGGCUCCCCGCGGGGCGCUCGCCGAAGCGGCGGCCGUCAGGCAAGCUGGAGGCGCUGGGGGCCUCCAGCUCGGCGCCGUCGCUGCUCGGGAGGGCGCCGUCGCAGGCCGCGGGCGGCGGCGCCGCGGCGCGCAGGCCGUGGGCUCCCAGCGCCGACGGCACGUCGAGGCGC